CAACCAUAAAGUUUUUUUCUCUCUCACAACACACACACACACACACACCCCUUCACAAUACACAUCAAUCUUCUUCCGUUGCCAGAUUCAAUUCUCUCUUUCACAGCCACACACAAGCAUGUCAUCAACCUCUCAUCUCUUCCUCCCUUUGUUUCUCCUCCUAGUGUUCUCAACCUUCAUAUCCCUGUCGGCUUCCGCCACAGAUUCUUUCAUCUUCGGCGGCUGCUCGCAGCUCAAGUUCAUGCCGGGGACGGCAUAUGAGAGCAACGUAAACUCCCUUCUGACCUCUCUUGUCAACUCAGCCAUGUUCUCCAGCUACAACAACUUCACCGUCCAAGGCUCCACCCAGCAGGACACCGUCUACGGCCUCUUCCAGUGCCGCGGCGACCUCGCCAGCGCCGACUGCUCUCGCUGCGUUGCAAGGGCUGUCAGCCAACUUGGCACCCUCUGCCUCGACGCUUGUGGCGGCGCGUUGCAGCUGGACGGCUGCUUCGUUAAGUAUGAUAACACGACGUUCUUAGGGGUGGAGGACAAGACUGCGGUGCUGAAGAAAUGUGGACCGUCGAUUGGUUUGACUUCUGAUUCGUUGACUCGGAGAUAUGCUGUGUUGGCUACUUUGGGAGCGUCGGAUGGGCCGUUCAGGAUUACGAGUUCUGGGGAUGUCCAGGGCGUCGCUCAGUGCGUCGGGGAUUUGAGUGCCAGCGAGUGUCAGGAUUGCCUCUCCGAUGCGAUCCAACGGCUGAGAAUGGAGUGCUCGGGUGGCGCGUGGGGGGAGAUGUACUUGGCCAAAUGCUACGCGCGAUACUCUGGUCGUGGGAAUCACUCGCCAGGUGGAAGUGAUGAUAGCAACAGAAAUGAUGAGGAGAUUGAGAAGACACUGGCCAUUCUAAUAGGACUCAUUGCUGGUGUGGCUCUUAUCAUUAUCUUCAUUUCCUUCUUCUCCAAAGUCUGUGGCACACAAAAAGGUGGUAAAUAAAAAGAUGGGACCUAGACAGUAUUGAAGAGUUUUGAGCUCCAGAUUCUUAACUACUAUGUCCUUAAGUAUCAAGUCUCACCCUUAGCUUUUUGUAAUAUUUGGUUUUAUUUUUGUGGAUUUCGAAAUCCAUAUUUUUUUUUUUGAAUGUUCAGUGAAUUAGUUGUAAAAGUUUAAUGCACAGUUCUGUAGCUUUAUAAAGAAUAACUGUGAAGGCAUAUAGAGAAAGAUAUGAUGAAGGAAAAAGUAGUGGAAGUGGAAGAAAAAGCAGAAAAAAGAAUUAAAGAUCAAUGAUUCCUCUUUCUUCACAGCCACAUAUGUUAUUUGAAGCAAUUAAGCUGAUGGUCCUGAUGUGUACACAUAUAUAGUGACCUAUAUAUACUACUCAGAAUAUGUAUAUAGCCUUUCAUGGUUAUUAUU